AUGGAUUUCCGGACUGCCUGUGAGGAGACAAAGACGGGGAUUUGUUUGCUGCAGGAUGGUAACCAGGAGCCCUUCAAAGUGCGGCUGCACCUGGCUAGGGAUAUCCUGAUGAUCCAGGAGCAGGACGUGACAUGUGUGUCCGGAGAGCCUUUCUAUUCCGGUGAGAGAACAGUGACCAUUCGGAGACAGGCUGUGGGAGGAUUUGGACUGAGCAUCAAGGGGGGAGCAGAACAUAACAUUCCAGUUGUGGUUUCAAAAAUCUCGAAGGAGCAGAGAGCUGAACUGUCAGGACUGCUGUUUAUUGGGGACGCAAUUCUUCAGAUAAAUGGGAUUAAUGUGAGAAAAUGCAGACAUGAAGAAGUGGUUCAAGUUCUUCGGAAUGCUGGAGAAGAAGUGACCCUGACAGUCUCAUUCUUGAAACGAGCACCUGCUUUCCUCAAACUGUCACUGAACGAAGACUGUGCAUGUGCGCCGAGCGACCAGAGCAGCGGCACCUCUUCCCCGCUCUGUGACAGUGGCCUGCACCUCAACUACCAUCCCAACAACACAGACACGCUGUCCUGCUCGUCGUGGCCUGCAUCCCCAGGGCUGCGGUGGGAGAAGCGGUGGUGCGACCUGAGGCUCAUCCCACUGCUGCACUCACGGUUCUCCCAGUACCUGCCCGGGACCGACCUGAGCCGGCAGAACGCCUUCCAAGUCACCGCCGUGGACGGGGUCUGCAGCGGGGUCAUUCAGUGCCUCUCCGCGGAGGACUGCGGGGAGUGGCUGCAAGCAAUAGCCACCAACAUUUCCAGCCUCACAAAGCACAACAUUAAAAAAAUCAACAGAAACUUUCCCGUAAACCAGCAGAUCGUCUACAUGGGCUGGUGUGAAACGCGGGAGCAGGAUCCGCUUCAGGACCGUGUGUACUCACCCGCCUUUCUAGCCUUGAGGGGCUCCUGCCUCUACAAGUUUCUGGCGCCUCCAGUGACCACGUGGGACUGGACCCGAGCAGAGAAAACUUUUUCAGUUUACGAAAUCAUGUGUAAGAUCCUAAAGGACAGUGACCUGCUGGACCGGCGGAGACACUGCUUCACCGUGCAGUCGGAGUCUGGGGAGGACCUGUACUUCUCAGUGGAGCUGGACUCUGACCUUGCCCAGUGGGAACGAGCCUUCCAAACAGCAACCUUCCUGGAGGUGGAGCGGAUACAGUGCAAGACAUAUGCAUGCGUGCUGGAGGGUCACCUGAUGGGGCUCACGAUUGACUUCAGCACCGGCUUCAUCUGCUUCGACGCUGCGACCAAGGUGGUACUUUGGAGGUAUAAGUUUUCUCAGCUGAAAGGUUCCUCAGAUGACGGCAAGAGCAAAAUCAAAUUUUUGUUUCAGAAUCCAGAUACUAAACAGAUUGAAGCAAAGGAGCUGGAGUUUUCGAAUCUCUUUGCUGUUCUCCACUGCAUUCAUUCCUUCUUUGCUGCCAAAGUGGCUUGUUUGGACCCUCUGUUUCUAAGCAGUCAGGCUGCCGCCUCUGCGGCUUCCAGCUCCGGAGUACCAAGCAAAGCCAAGUACAUGACCUGA